AGUCACAGAGAUUUCUUCGAUAGUCUAUAAAUUUUCUAUGGAAAAAAGAGUUAAUCGUUUUCAUUCCAAUGAUUCAGUAUCAACAGAGUCAACGCCUAUUCCCCAAACAUUAAAUGGCACUCUUAUCUCUGUGUGAAUAUUUGCAUUUCAUAAUUAAUGUGUUUGUUUAAGUAUGAUUUCCUUGCGCGUAAACAAAUUUCUUUCCAGCGCCCAACUUAAGGCCUUUUAAUUGAAUGAGAUCACAGGAUCAUAAGCAUUGAUUGAAUAUUCUCGAGAAUAACGAUUAAAUUAGCAUGCAUUCUGAUAUAACUGUUUCAACAUCUCUUUCUCUCGCUGAGUGUUCAUUCGAAACGAGAUUUAAGCCUGAGUGUAAAGUAAAGUUGAUGAUCACUGAAGGUCUAUAGGGCUGGCCAUCUGUCCCUCGUUGCCACGUCUGCGACGUCUUGGUGGUCCAUUUUGGGGCUGGUGCGCAACAGCAUCGGCACUAGCGCUGGCAAUGAAGCGCUUACAGAAAGAUGUCACGUUGGUUCGAUCAAUCGAACAUACUCUUGAUGAGUAUGAUAUUGUUUAGUACAGUAAUGUGGAAUACAGCGAAAAGUUCGAUAAUGAAGUGCGAGGAAGCAAAACUAAAAUGCGCGUUCAGAACAGGCUGCGGCGCUGCUCUGCAACAUUAUCUUACUGGUUGUGCACCCGUUCUCGAAGGCAAUGAUUGUUCUGAGACCUGCCAACAUGCCCUUAUUGCUCUUACAAGCACCGAUGAGGGCAAAGAGCUUAUGACAUGUGAAUGUGAGAAUGAAUUAUGUUUACAAUCAAAACAAAGAGUAGAGAUAUGCAGAUCAUCUGUAACAAUGGCAAUGAAUAGGACAAGGGUAUCCUGCAGGAUAGCAACCUGGAUUUGUAAUGCAGAUGCCCUUUGCCAAACUGCACUUACAUAUUAUAAUAAAUAUUGUAAGAGUAUGUUUCAAGGACGAAAGUGUACUAGACGAUGUAGAAAUUCGAUAAAUAUCUUAACAAGGCAAGAAAAGGCUGCAAAAUUGAAUACGUGCCAAUGCGAUGGUUUUGAAGAAUAUGAUUGUAAAGGAAUUCAUAAGAAUAUGAACGUUUUGUGUUUUGGAAAAGUACAUCAUGGUUACCGUGACAUUAAUAUUGAAGAUGAUAGGAAAAGUGAAUUUCUAACACCAAACAUGAGUCUUAGAGGAGAUGGUGUUCAAAUAUUAGUGGACAGAAAAUUGUUUUUACUUUCUUUAUUGAUUUAUCACAUACUUAAAGUGAAACAAGACUGAUGAUUAAAACAAAUCCAGAAAAAAUCUCCAAAAAAUAACAGUAUUCCAUGAAACCAAUGACCAAAGAUCUUUAUCAAUUUUUUAAAUCAUCAAUAUUUGAAAAAUUUAAUGCUGGUAUUAAUGGAUUACUUUCUCACAACAGCAUAAUGAAUAUAUAUAAACUACAAAAUAUUUUCACGAGUUGAUUGUUAGAUUUGUACAAAUAGAAAGAAUAGAAAAGAGAAGACUUUUGUACAGUAAAAAUAUUGUAAAGUGAUUGUAUGUAUCAUAAACUGUAUGAAUAAUUGGUUGUAAGUAUUUAGUUAUAAAUCAGUUUUAUUUAUGAAGAUACAACUAUGUAAAUAUCUACAUUGAGAUAUGAUUAUUGUUUUUUCUUUUUUCUC